AUGGGGCUGUUCAAGGUACGGGCAGGGGACACCUCAACCUUGCAAAAACCAAAUUUCUCCCAAUCCGAGCUUGCCCACAGCAAUACGCCAACUUAUGCAGCAUCAGAAGAGGGCCCGCAAAAAUGGGCGGAUAGGGAUUACAAGUCCUCUUAUAAACCGGCAUCGUCCGCGUCACUCAGAUCUGUCGCGACUGAAAGCGCUUCCAGCCCUUACCAAAACCACAGUCCUUACCAUUCUUCAGGCCUGGAUGCCAAUUCUGCCGCCGGACGGCUUAGACAAGUUGAUCAGUUUGGAUAUAGCAGGUCUACCGAUCAGGUCAGUUUGGAAUCAAAGGCAACGAUAUCUAUUGAUCGUUCUGCGAGUACGAGACACUUGGAAGCACGAACCAUCCGUCAAUAUCACAUCCCGUAUCCACGCGAAAUACCGUCCCCAGCAUCAGUCUCCAAAAACACUCCGACUUCAUCUUUACUGGCACCACCUUUAACAAGCGGAAACGACAUGCCGACUACAAUCGGAAUGGCGCUUGGAAGUCCGAGCCACCCUCCUGGAUCUGCCGAGGCACCAUGGCAGACUGCUGCUUCAACGCUUACGACUGUAACUUCCGGGGGAGAUGCGCCGGAAGCCAAUCCUAAUCCCAAUGGCCUGUCUAGGUCAAUGUCGAAAAGGUGGAAUCCUUUUAGUAGGACGAAAUCAAAGCGAUCUAAGCCGACAGAGACCUCGGCCUCGCGAGCGACGGGCACAGAUUCGGGAAAGAGCAUGGAUCUUGGAAGUCGUGCCAAUGGAGCGAGAAGUGGUGACGCUUCAGGAGUGGACAAGAGAGGCGCAGGGUCCGCAGCACGCAAAGACAGCUCAGGCAGCUUAUCGAAACAUCCGAUUCCCGAGAUGCCUGUGCUGCCAAAUCUACGAGAAGGAGCGGCACCGACGCGAGAUCCUCCCGCUCCGCCGCAGCUUCAGAUUGAGCAACCGAAACAACUACAAUCGCUUCUGAGUGUUGAGAUUCCGACCAUUGAAAUGGAACGCUAUAGCAUCAUGUUUGGAAACAUUCUCCAGAAACAGCAGCAACAGUACCAAUAUUUUCUACAACUUGCUCAGGAGCCUCAACCACCACAAGAGCCGCAGUUACAGUUGGAACCUCCAUCGCAACAGACAGAAAAGCUGCUAGAAGUGCAAGAGAUUCCAGAAGUUCAAGUCUCACAGCGCCCUGAGGAGCCUCAGCGGCCUGCGCCCUCACCAAAGCCUCAGGGGUCAAAACCAAAGGAAUUAGAAAAGCCUGAGGAGUCCCAGGAGUCACAACAAUCCCCCAAAUCUCUGCCGCUCCAGCCGUUGCAGCCGUUGCAGCCACAGGGGUCGCCGAGGCCGAGUUUGCCAGUCCGACGACAGAUCAAAAUAGACAGGCUAAACCUACCAGCGGCCAAGAGCUACCGGGAUGGUUCUAUUCCCGUCGAGAUAGUUGUACCACGGAGAUCGAGUUCGCCUUUGCCAGUACCAGAAAGCACACCAUCAGAAUCUCUUGCUGUGCCUGAUCAGGCUUCUGCAGGCAAUGGCCCUACCCCCAGGCUCUCCUCACGGAGACGAUCCAACACCACUCCUGCUGCAGUGGUCAACUUUCCGACUCCAGCCAUGUACAAAGUCCCGGCGCAAUCGAGAAAAAGAACCACCUCAGUUUCUACCCCCUCUAACGACGAGCCAUUACCUGCAGACGCCGAAACAACGCCAGAGCGACGCGAGCGCCUCAUUUCCAAGUUCCAUCGAAAAGAAUCACCAUCCGAGCCCAACAUGCCAAAAGUCACUGACCAGUUAUCCGAAUCUCCUGCCUCUGUAUCCACACCACCACAGCCGCGAUCAAUUCUCAAGAAGCCAUCAGGACCACCGCCACCUCCUCCUACAAACCGCGUGGCUGAACCCAUAGCGUCAUCCCAACAAACUGCGCCUCCGAAGCAACACCAAUCCCAACUGUCCAGAGCGUCUAUCCGCACUGACGCAGACGAAGAAGAGGUCGAAAAGGCCUUAUACGAGGCCGUGGAAAUCUCCAUUGCGCGCCAAAUUAGCGUCUCAAGGCAGCAGCGAAGAAUGCUGGUGCCUUUGAACCGUUCCGCGUCCAGGAGGGCCCCUGGUGAGCCUGCGCCAGAUGCAGCGGCCAAUAUCACGCUGGGAAAAAACAAGCGAAUUGUUGAGACGAGAACCGCGGUCCCCGUCUUGGUUCAUCCUGCCAGUGGGACGAGUUCUGUACAAGGUGGCGGCUAUCGAAAGAGCUCGCGUGUGGUUCUUGAAGGUGCAUGA